AUGACCGUUCAAGAUAUAUCUAAGCCCACAAUGAUCUUUUCAUUAAAAGGUCUAGAUCCCAAUAUGCAGAAAUUUCUUGUAAUGCAUCAAUUUGGCCAUGCCCUUGGUCUGUGCCACGAACACCAGAGUCCUGACUUCUGGGAGGUAGCGGACAGCUUGCUGGAUGUGAGAAAAAUGAAAGCGGAUUCUCGAAUGAAGAACGUGAAUUUUGAAAGAGAAAUGUUGGAAGAGCGGUCACAAGAUGCCACGUUUAAGCCAGAGUACGAUCCAGACAGUAUCAUGCACUACUGGUUUGACGUGAACUGGCUUAAGAAUGAAGAGCACACAAAUCUAUCAGAAGUUGAGGCUGAUGGAAACCUCAGUGAAGAAGAAAAGACAGUUUUAAGAGGGAUUCACAAGAGACAUUUAAGUUAUGCUGAUGGGCCUUCAAAGCGUGAUCUUGAUUUUCUACAGGAGAUUUACGCCAGUAUUCAGACAUCCAGUAUUCAGGACCAACGGUACCUUCGAAAACUAGAUGAGCUGAUGUCCGACAAAAAGAACACUAUUGAGCUUCAGUAUCUCAAGAUGCAUUUUAUCGGUCCCUCGGGUAUUGGCAAAACGACCACUCGAAAGAGGCUUGUUGGAUCAAUUACUAACCUGUCUGAGCUGCCCGAAGACCAAAGAAAACGUUGCAGCACAUUUCUUGCUGAGUGUACACAAGCAUUGGCCUUUGUGGACUUAUCAUCUGGAAAAAUUAAAUUUCAAAGAUCUAAAGAUCUGAACGAAGAAACACAGCUUAUAUUUUCUUACCUAAUGUCCUCUAAAUUUAGUAAGGACAGAACUGACAGCACUAGUCCGGCUGAGGAGGGAUCACAAGCAUCUCUCCCUUCAACUAAUCCUUCAAAGGAAACUACUGAUGAAGAGAAGCAACCUCUCAAGCAGAGCGAUGAAAGAGCUACUGAAGCAAAAACGAUUUCAACAAAAACUGUGCCACCCGAAAGAAAAGAAGCUGUGAGAGUAUCUGUGACUGCUAUCGAUGUUCCCAUGGUUGUCAAAAGACUCCGUGAGAUUGUAGGGGGCUCAAAAGAUUACAAAGAAAGUCUGCAGAACACAGUUCUAAUCAAUCUUGUUGAUAUAGGAGGACAGCCUGGGUUCAUGGAGAUGUUUCCAUUUCUAAGCAGAGGGGCAGGGAUUUUCCUGGCAUUCUUUCGACUGGACAAAGACCUCGACGAUAUAUGUCAAGUAUCCUACGAACGAGAAAAUGACAAGAUCACACCGUACGAUUCAACGUACACUAACAGAGAAACACUUUCUCAAAUCCUCUCAGCUAUCAGCCACUAUACCAAGAUUGACACAGAUAUUGACAGAGAGCUGUGCUCUAAACUGGGCAAGCUGGGCUCCGCUGAGCCUAUUGCUGCGCUCAUAGGUACUUUCAAGGAUGAACUUGCAAUGCAAAUCAAGGUGGAUCUGCUGUACAAUAUAUUGUGUGAUUCGAGAAAAGCUUCAAACAAGAGCGAUAGUACCACUGCCAGCAAGAGCGAUAGUACCACUGCCGACAAGAGCUAUAGUACCACUGCCGACAAGAGCGAUGGUACCACUGCCAGCAAGACCGUUAGUACCAUCACCAGCAAGAGCGAUAGUACCACCGCCGACAAGAGCGAUAGCACCACUGCCGACAAGAGCGAUAAUACCACUGCCAGCAAGAGUGAUAGUACCACUGCCAACAAAACCACUGCCAGCAAGAGGGAUAGUAUCACUGCCAACAAGACCACUGCCAGCAAGAGCGAUAGUACCACUGCCGACAAGAGCGAUGGUACCACUGCCAGCAAGACCGUUAGUACCAUCGCCAGCAAGAGCGAUAGUACCACCGCCGACAAGAGCGAUAGCACCACUGCCGACAAGAGCGAUAAUACCACUGCCAGCAAGAGUGAUAGUACCACUGCCAACAAGACCACUGCCAGCAAGAGCGAUAGUACCACUGCCGACAAGAGCUAUAGUACCACUGCCGACAAGAGCGAUGGUACCACUGCCAGCAAGACCGUUAGUACCAUCACCAGCAAGAGCGAUAGUACCACCGCCGACAAGAGCGAUAGCACCACUGCCGACAAGAGCGAUAAUACCACUGCCAGCAAGAGUGAUAGUACCACUGCCAACAAGACCACUGCCAGCAAGAGCGAUAGUAGCACUGCCGACAAGAGCUUUAGUACCACUGCCGACAAGAGCGAUGGUACCACUGCCAGCAAGACCGUUAGUACCAUCGCCAGCAAGAGCGAUAGUACCACCGCCGACAAGAGUGAUAGCACCACUGCCGACAAAAGCUAUAGUACCACUGCCGACAAGAGCGAUGGUACCACUGCCAGCAAGACCGUUAGUACCAUCACCAGCAAGAGCGAUAGUACCACCGCCGACAAGAGCGAUAGCACCACUGCCGACAAGAGCGAUAAUACCACUGCCAGCAAGAGUGAUAGUACCACUGCCAACAAGACCACUGCCAGCAAGAGCGAUAGUAGCACUGCCGACAAGAGCUUUAGUACCACUGCCGACAAGAGCGAUGGUACCACUGCCAGCAAGACCGUUAGUACCAUCGCCAGCAAGAGCGAUAGUACCACCGCCGACAAGAGUGAUAGCACCACUGCCGACAAGAGUGAUAGUACCACUGCCAGCAAGAGCGAUAGUACCACUGCUGAACACAAGAAAGCGAUUAGGCUCAUUUUGCCUCAGGAUUCCCAAAAGAAGAGUAAUGAGCAGCCAAAAGUCACUGAACAAGAAAUGGCUGCCAUUAAGCAAACAAUCAGCCAGCACCUCAGAUCAGAUGCUUUCAAGAAAAAAGUCGAAGAUCGUUUAAACCAAAAGUUGGACGAGAAAAGUGAAGCCAUGUGCACAAUUACCAGCAAAUUUAAGAAGUUACUUCCUACCCAGAAAGACAAUAAGAAGUUCUUAGCUGUCAACAACUAUGAAGGCACUGGUUCUGAUAUUGAUCUUUUUUGUGAGCAUCUUCAAGGCAUGAUCAGUAGCUUUUUCAAAGAUGCCAAGCUUCGAAUUCGCCCACAACAGCUUUUGUUGGGAGUUGUACUAAGGGACUAUGACAUUGUUUCUAUGAAAGACUGCAUUCGUAUCGGUACCGAGGCAUUGGAGAUGAGUGAUGAGGAAGUUCGAUUCACUAUUUGGUACCUAGAUCGGUUUGUCGGAGCUCUGAUCUAUCGUCCAGACAUCAAAGAUGGUUAUUUUGAGGAGUUUGUCAUUUGCAACCCCAGGUGGUAUUCAACAGCCUCAGUGCUCUCGUUGUCAAGCCGCUACUGGAGCUCCAUUCCAAAGAAAGCGGUAUUCUAUUCACGGAAUAUGUAAGAGAGAAUUGGACACUCAGGGGACUGUUCUCACUGAAGACGAUCACUAAAUGCAUUUCAGAGGAAAGCAAGGAAGGCCAGUUGAUUCCUGUCGAGAAGCUGCUCAUACUACUCGAGCAUUCCAACCUUUUAGCCAAGAUCGCAACAGUGAAGGAAGGCCAUACCACAGAUAAGGUUGAAACAGCAUACUUCAUCCCCGCUAUUCUAAAGUGUGCAUCUCCUGAGGAACUAACAAAACCACCCCCCACUGGCAUUGACACGCCUUCUCCUAUCAAGAUCACAUUCGAACCUCAAUGCGUUCCCAUUGGAA